UCAAUAUACACCGUAACCAUGAACGUCAAUGAAUUAGUACACCCUCAGGGUCCUCCACGCUACAACAACAACAGGGUUUCCCUCCCUUCCAUUUCUAAUAUCUUGUUGGAUUUGCCAACGGCUGCGCCGGUUUACCCUCCACAAGAGCCUAGAAACUACUAUUUGGGUAGACUGGGAAUGGCACCCAUGACAUUGCCACCACUUGGAUCCAGUCCUGGAUCUAGAGAGUCUCACUCCCCACUGAUGCUUCCCUCUCCUCCACACCACACACAAUCUCUUGUGCAACAUCACCACUAUCCACCCCAGCAACCACGUCAGCAUGUCUCCGGACCACCUCCUCCUCCACCUCCUCCACCUUCACACGCUACACAACAGGCAUACCAUCCACGUCAUCACCAACCAUUGUCCACCUCACAAACGGCCCCCAAGCGCAAAACAAGAAACAAUCUCCCCAAGGAAACCACCUACACAUUACUCAAAUGGUUGAAUGAACAUCUUAACCACCCAUACCCAAAUUCUUUUGAAAAGAAUCAGCUCAUGCAUCUGACUGGCUUGAACCAGCAACAGCUCUCCAAUUGGUUUAUCAAUGCCAGAAGAAGAAAGAUCAAGGUUUUGAAGAAGACUGAAACCCAUUAA